AUGAACAAAUCAGCUUUAACAAUUUUAUUUGUAAUUAUCUUUUCAGUUUAAGUUUAAGCACAACUUAAGUUUGUGCUAGAACUUUACCGUCAUGGUGCUAGAGUUCCUAUAAACAGUUGGUACGAUGCUAACUAGCAAAAAGCCGAUUCAGGAGAACUCACUGCUACUGGAUAAAGAUAACAUUAUAAUCUUGGACUUAAGUUGAGAGAAGAAUAUAGAGGAUUCAUUCCAGAUCAUUAUAACCAUUCAGAAAUUUAUGUUAGAUCUACUGAUGUUAAUAGAACUUUGAUGAGUGCUGCUUCUCAUGUUUAAGGUAUGUUCCCCUAAUACACUGGAAACUUGCUACCAUCUAACUUGAGUGAGUAAUAUACUUUACCAUAUUUCAAAGAUGCUUAAAAUUACUUACCCAACACUCUUUCUGCACUUCCAAGUAACAUCUAAGUUCUUCCUAUUCAUACCCAACUUGAAGAUGGAGACAUCGUUCUUCAACCUGAUUCUAACUGUAACAAUUACAGUAAGCUAAAAAAAGCUUUUUAUGCUGAAAAGUAAGACACUAUAAAUUUUAUAAACUAGCAAUUCAAUAAUACUUACUAAUAAUACUCUAUUGCUGUCAAUUAAACAGUUAAAAAUUUCGAUGAUAUGCAUAGUUUAGAAAGUACCUUUGAAUGUGAUAGAUAUAAUGCCAGAUAUGUCCCUUAUUUCUCUUUUGACUUAAGAGAAAACGCUACCUUCCUUACUUCUCUCUCUUGGAAUUUCUAAUUUGGCUAGCCCGAUUUAUUGCGUGCUUUAAACACUCCUUUCUUAAAUCAAGUACUUGCUUACAUGAAUCCUGUUGUUUAAGGAAAGAAUAAAAAUGGGUUAAAGUGGGUUAUGUUCAGUGCUCAUGACACUAAUGUCCAUUUGGUUAGUGCUGCUCUCAACUUUACUAGCAUUGAUUGUCUCCUAAAUCAAAGAUUCCCUGAUCAAUAUAAACCUACCACUCCUUAUUACAACUGCGAGCAAUAUCCUCAUUUUACUGCAAGUUUAAUAUUUGAAUUACACCAAGCCAAUCAAACCUUUACAGAAAACGGAGUUGUAGUUAACAAUGAUUAGUUCUACAUUAAAAUUAGAAGAGAUGGCAAGUUUAUGAAUUUAUGUGAAACAAAUUCAACUGUUUGCACUAUCGAAGAAUUUACUAAAAGAGUAAACUGGUUUGUUAAUGACUUUAAUGCAGUCUGUAACUAAUCUAUUACUAAAGAUAAUUCUAAUUCAGAAAUGUUAGUAGCUGCUCGUACCUAGUAGACUGUUCAUACUUAAAAUAUAGUACCAAUAAACAGUGAAAAAUCAGGUUCUAGCUCAACUAACUACUAUUUGAUAGUUUUAAUUAUUUAGCAAAUUGUUAUUUUUGUAGGUGCUUAUGCUUAUUACAAAUCUAAAUAAUCAAAAAAAGCUUUUGAUUUCUAGGAAUUCAGAGACAUUGAAGUUGCUGUUUAAAACUGA